AUGACUGAAAUAUUGGAACAGGAUCAUGAUUACGAAGCUUUGCCGGCAAAUUCUUCCCUGACUGCUAAUCUAAUCGCUGGUGCAUUAGCUGGUAUUGGCGAACAUACAAUUAUGUAUCCAGUGGAUAGUAUAAAGACUCGCAUGCAAAUUAUAAAUCCAACUCCACAAGCAGUCUACACGGGUGUUGCGAAUGCGUUUUCUCGUAUUUAUACAACAGAAGGUGUUCGUACUUUAUGGCGUGGUGUUAACUCUGUAGUAUUGGGUGCGGGGCCAGCACACGCCUUGUAUUUUGGAACAUACGAAGUAUGUAAAGACCUAUUCGGAGCAAACAUAGGAGAAGGACAUCACCCGGUUGCUCAUGGAGCUGCAGGUGCAUGUGCGACAAUAGCGAGUGAUGCAUUGAUGAAUCCAUUUGAUGGUAUGCGAAUGCAAGUUCAUGGAUCUACACACAAAAAUGUUUUGGCCUGCGCUCGCUCAGUAUAUACAAGAGAAGGCUUGAUAGCCUUUUACGUAUCAUAUCCUACGACACUAACGAUGACCAUUCCAUUUCAAAUAUUUCAGUUUAGUUCAUAUGAAUAUUUUCGUAAGGUGUUGAACCCUAACGGUUCCUACGAUCCAAAAACACACAUGAUAGCCGGUGGACUUGCUGGUGCAAUCGCAGCAGCGGCAACAACACCCUUAGACGUUGCCAAAACCUUAUUGCAAACAAGAGGGAAUUCAUCAGACCCUCGCGUACGGAACUGCAGUGGUUUACUAGAGGCAUUUCGAUUAAUUUAUGAACGGAAUGGCAUUCGGGGCUUUGUGAGAGGACUGAAACCUAGAGUAUUAUCACAUAUGCCUUCAACAGCUGUUUGUUGGUCAAUGUACGA